AUGGGACAACUUCAUACUCUUGCCUUAUUUUUCUUUUUCAUAUACAUAUUUGCUUUAGGAGUCACACCAUCACCAACACCAAAUGCAAAUACACUUUGUAUUAGUGAAUGUGGCACUUGCCCUGUGAUAUGUUCCCCUCCACCAUCCCCGGUAGAGUCAAAACCCCAACCCGUGGAGACUAAGCCACCACGUGAGGGGACAAUAAUGCCACCACCAGAGGGGAAGACAAAACCACCACCGUCCCAAACACCUGUUGACUCAUCAGAGCCACCACCGUAUCUAACUCCUAUAUAUCACCCGAUACCACCAGAAUCUAUCUCACAACCACCACCUACACCACCACCCCGACAACGGCCAGCUAAGUCAUGUCCACCACCAUCUUACAUUACAACGGGCACCAAUGCACCACCUCCUCCACCCAAAUUGGUGGUUGUCCCUUCAACUCAGCUUCCGCCCAGUGAUCAAGGCAUUGGACAAAAGAAUUACUCAUACCCUUAUUACUAUUUCUAUGCUUCAAAGGGUGUAACUUUUUCUUUCGAGUAUACUAGUUCUCUUAUGCUUUUCGUAUCUAUUUAUUUCAUUUUUCUCUUUAUAGGGUAA